AUGGCAGCAGCUGAGGCUAUAGAGAAGAGGGAGGACGCGGGGCCCCCCUCCCCUGACACCCCUCCGCCCACGGAGCAGCCCGCAUCACAGCAGGCCUUUGACUUCGGUGAGCGGCGUAAGAAGAAGAAGGAAAAGAAGCCUGAAGACCACGAUGACGGUUCUUCUCAGCCUUUUGUGGACGGAUCCGGUCAGGUUUUUGUCCGGGGGCACGUCUACACCUACGAAGAGAUGCUGACCAGAAUUCAGGAGUUGAUCGUGAAGAACAACCCGGACUUGGCGGGAUCCAAGCGUUACACAAUCAAACCCCCGCAGGUCGUCCGCGUAGGCUCCAAAAAGGUUGCUUGGAUAAACUUCAAGGAUAUUUGCGGCAUCAUGCACAGGCCGAGCGAGCACGUGCUGCAGUUUGUUUUGGCAGAGCUCGGAACUGAGGGGUCCAUAGCGGGGGAUGGUCAGUUGGUGUUGAAGGGAAAAUACGGCCCGAAGCACAUUGAGGCGCUUCUCAGGAAAUACAUCACGGAGUAUGUAACGUGUCAAAUGUGCAAGUCCCCAAACACCACCAUGACACGCGACUCCCGCACGCGUCUGUGGCAUCAGGCUUGCAGUGCCUGCGGCGCGAAUCGCUCUGUCACAACCAUCAAGUCUGGCUUCCACGCAGUUGGCAAGGGAGAACGCCGCAAGGCCAAGCUCGGCUAA